GUAUCAUGUUUUUUUUUGAACUGCCGCAUUUAACAAAAUAGCUUGCCAAGGGCCAUUCUUUGUUCGCUUGCCAAAAUUCAUUUCAAACAAAAAUUCAGUUCUCGACCAUGUCAUCAUGACCAACAUGGGUUCUUCAUUUACGUUGCAAUCGUGGUCUUUUCGAGCUGUGAUGCUGCUAUUCUUGGUAAUGUUGUCUUGCACCUCCAUUGCAGCAGCACCUGUACGCAAAGUUCGAGACUACUUCAUCACAGCCGAAGAGAUCGUUUGGAAUUAUGCGCCUAAUCAAUGGGACAACUUUCGAGAUCAACCUUUGACCGAACUCCCCUCUGCAUUAUAUACUGUAAAAAACGAGACCCGGAUCGGUUCAAGCUACGUCAAGUGCGUCUAUCGUCAAUAUAUGGAUAAGGAGUUUACCUUGCCUUUGACUCAUGACGGCAGCCUGGGCCUGUUGGGUCCCAUCAUCCGUGCAGAGGCAGGCGAUCAAAUUCGAGUCUUGUUUUACAACAAGGCUACCAAACCCUUCAGUCUUCAUCCUCAUACGGCCACUUUCACCAGCGUCCCUGGACAAUCCAUCCAGCCGGGCAAUACCUACCAAUAUAUCUGGGACGUGCCUGCCGAUUUUACUUUUCCAACCAACCAAUCGUCGGUGCUCUGGACCUACAUAUCCCGCGCCGAUCCUUUGGCCGAUCUUAAUGCCGGUCUUCUCGGGCCCAUUGUCAUCUACAAAGCUGGCACCUUGGCCAAACCGUCGCCGGGAAGCAUGUUUGAAAAACCUCAAGGCAUCGACCAAGAAAUCUUUACCAUCAUGAUGACAACCGAUGAAGGACACUCGAAAUAUCUAAUUGACUCGGCGGCCGCGGCGGGCAUCGACGAGGCGAAUUUACAACAUCUCACCGAUACCGAUCCGCUGUUUCUGGAAUCCAAUCGCAUGUAUCACAUCAACGGCUAUGUCUACAAUAACAAUGAGGCUAUUCGGCUGUACUAUGGUCACGCCGUACGAUGGUAUCUGAUUUCGUUCGGUCUUGCAGAUGAUGAUGUUCAUACCGCCCACUGGCACGGCGCUACCCUUUUGCAACACGGCCAUCGAGUCGACGUAGUGGAUUUGAUGCCCGUCAGUUUUGAAACGCUUGAUCUCAUGCCUGAUAAUGAAGGUCAAUGGCUCUUCCAUUGCCACGUCGCACAACAUUUUGAAGCAGGCAUGACCGCCUUUUAUGAAGUAGAAAAAUUAGAAUACACAGGCGAUGAAGGCUGGGGUUAGACCUACAAAAAUAACAUCAUCUCUUCCUUGGCUCAUUCAUCAUAUUACUCUGUCAACCCAUGUAAAAUUGUACAAUACAUAUUACAACUGAAAAAAAAAAUUACUGUCAGCCGCAUAUGGCCCAUCAAAGAU